AUGUCAUCGAAGUCUGGUAGAAUAGGGGAAGAGUACGCAACCGCCGCCUAUCUUUUGAUUUUCUACGGUAUUGAAGAGCCCUUACUAACAGCUGGACGUUCAUCUAGAAUAUGGAAAACAAAGAUCGAUAAGGUCAACGCAGAACUCGUUACUCUGACAUAUGGGACUAUUGUUGCGCAGCUUUGCCGUGAUUAUGAUAAUGAUUAUGUGGAGGUUAAUAAGCAACUGGACAAAAUGGGAUACAAUAUUGGAAUGCGGCUGAUUGAAGAUUUCUUGGCAAAAUCUGGAGUUGGAAGGUGUUCAAACUUCAAAGAAACUGCAGACAUGAUUUCCAAGAUCGGUUUCAAGAUAUUCUUGAAUAUCACUCCCACAGUAACUAAUUGGACGAGCGACAACAAACAAUUCUCCCUAGUGUUUGAUGAAAACCCGCUUGCAGAUUUUGUGGAGUUACCGGAUGAUGGGCGUGCGCAGGAUGAAUUGUGGUAUUCAAGUCUGCUCUGCGGGGUAUUAAGGGGCGCAUUAGAGAUGGUCCAAAUGCAAGUAGAGGCACACUUUGUGAGCGAUAUCUUACGGGGAAACGAUACUACGGAGAUGCGCGUUUCCUUAGUGAGAUACCUAGAAGACGAAAUGCCACCGGAUGACGAAUAG